UAAAACCCACCGAAUCGGCGCACGCCCUGGCCUGACACCCCCUGCUCCCCUGUCGCCAGUCGCCACCGCGUCGCGCGCGGGCCGGCCCCCUUCCUCGCGCACCACAACCCCCCCGCAAGUAUCUCUCCAGCUCCCGCCGCCGCCGCCGCCGGCCGCUGAGGCGGCGCUCCGGGUCCAGGAGGCGCGCCCGCCCGCCCGCCAGGCUCGAUCGCCGGAUCCGAUCGCCCGCCGGGCGCGGGGCUCGAUUCGGUACGUCCCCGCGCGAGGCUUCGAUCCAGCUGGUGCUUUCCUUGCGGCGGAAUCUUCGUGUUUGGUGCGGUUGGUUGGUGAUGACUCUCGUCGUGUUUUCUGCUUCUGUUUCCCUCCUGCUCCUUGCUUCGAGUUUGUCUGGGACUCGGUGCUCUGCGAUUAGCGACUCCGGUGAGCUGCGCGCGUGGCAUUUUGAACUGUGUCGGGCGAGAUCUGGCGUCCAUAGUUCGCAGGUGGCUGGUGUGUGUGUGCUGCGAUUGUUAGUUUUGCGCGUCCCCUGUGCCUGGAUGGAGUAACAAAUGGGGAACGACCUUUUGUUACGCGGGGACGCGCUGUGUCACUAGUAGUCGUGUUGAUACAGUCCCAGGUAUACUGUUUACCGUUAACUUAUCAUUUGAUAGUGCGCAUACUCAUAUGUGUUGGAAAAAUGCUUCGUACUUAUCAUUUGAUACUUUGAUAGUGCGCAUACUCAUAUGUGUUGGACAAAUGCUUGGUGUUAGCAUCCAAGGCCUUAUGUUUUGUGGAUUGAAGCUACCUUUGAUAUCAUAUGCUGUACCACUUAUGUUUGAUGACAUGGUUUCAUCUUCCUAGAACGUUUGUGUAGGCGGGAUGAUUCCCCUGAUAAUAGUUCAGCAGCAUUGCUUUUUUGAUGCCCCUUCUUGAAUUCUUGAUGUUGGUAUUCAAGGACUAGGCUGCAGGUGUUCAACCUGCAAACCUUGGCCCCACAGAACAAUCUAUCCUUCUUCGAGUGGUGGAUGGAUGUCGAUACUAAAGUUGAUGGUCUAGUUAAAAAAGGAUUGGACUCCUUAUUUAUUUUGGGAGCAUGGACCAUCUGGAAGCACCGCAACCGCUGUGUCUUCGACGGGAUUACACCUAGUGUCUCUUGUGUUAUUUUGGGUAUCAGGGAAGAACUGCAUCAGUGGUCUUUUGCCGGGGCUCGAGGAGUGUCACACCUCCUCGCCCUCGGAUCUCAUGUGGCAUAAGUUCUAGUUCUUAGCCCUAGUUGGUCAGGCCCCGCUUUGUAGUGUUUUUGUAAUAGUUUUUCGGGUUUUUUCCUUGUUUGGGUUGGUACAGGCCCUAAACUGUAUCACCUGGGGUUUCCUACCCCCUCCUUCUUAAUAUAAUGAUGUGCAGCUCUCCUGCGUUUUCCGAAAAAAAAAGGACUAGGCUGCAGGGAAAAAAAGGGGAUGCAUCUAACCCGUAGAUCAAUUCCUGCCAAUUUACAGUUGAAAAGCUAAGUGUAACUAGCUUGCUUGACUGUUGUGACAAGAUUAUACAUAGAUUAAGAUUGAUAUGAUACUUGGAGCAGGAAUAUGCAUGCUGAGGUCCAUUUGCAUGGGAAACCAUUGGGGGUGCACGCUUAUAUGCCAAAAGCUAGUAUUGACUAUUGACACGAAAUUGCUCCUAUAGAUGUUCAAAACAUUUUUUUUUGUUUGGCUGAAUGUGCUUCAGCAAUGCGAUUGGUCAAGGAGCUCGCAUUUAUAUUUCUACCCUUGUUUUUUUAUGGGAAUGAGACUCAUAGCAGCUCACUUCCUCUGAAGUCUCAACAAUUGCUCACUAUAUGCACCAAAGAUUUCCUUACUAUGACUGUUUCCUUCCAUUGCAGUUUACUUAAUUAUACUGACAUUCUCAUAUGGCUUUGGAGCCGUGAUGCCUCAUCCAUCCCUGGAGCGGUAUAGAAUUCAUUGCCAAGACCUAUGUUCUGAAGUGCUGUCUAACAGACAGAAAUGGAUGGAACUGAGCUUGAAAAUCUUACUUCAAGAAGCUCAUCCCAGAAAUCUAGCCGCCGUUCUAGUAGCAGGCGUUCUCAAAAGUCAGCUGGACAACAUUCUUCGCCCAGUACUCAGGAGAAAAGAAGCAAAACGAGAUCUUCAAGGCAGAAGCACUUGGCUAUUGACGACAAAGAUGCCAAAAAAGGAAAAAACCAUGACCACAAAAUUGAUGAAAGGUCCAAUUUUCUAGGUUACGAAGUGUAUGCUGGAAAGUUAAUUUUUGAUAAGAAAAACAAAAGCACAAGCGAUAAUCAGUUAUCAGCAAAUGGGAAAGCUGAUGCGGUUGAUGCUAGACUCACAAGUAAAGCUCUGAUCUGGGGCUCCUCUGUACUCCUGGAGGAUGUUGUCUCUGUAUCAUAUCAUUCUGGAGCCAAACAUUUUACAGUGCAUGCAUACCCAACUAAAAAGUCUUUAUUUGGAAAGACACGCAGAGUUCCGAAAGACUUCUGCUUUAUAGCCUCUACCUUAGACGAGGCCAUUUUGUGGGUGACAUGCUUUGCUGAACAAAACAUAUAUGUUAAUUUACUACCUCGCCCUGGAGCGUCUAGUAUCAAUCAAGACUCAGUCAACCCCCUCAGUGAGUCUUUAUUUGACCAGCCACCGAUUAAAUGCAAACCUCCACAAAGAGUACUUGUUAUAUUGAACCCUCGAUCUGGACAUGGUAGAUCAAGUAAAGUUUUCCAUGAGAAUGCAGAACCUAUGUUUAAGCUUGCAGGCUUUCAGAUGGAAGUAGUUAAAACUACUCAUGCUGGCCAUGCAAAAUCUCUUAUAUCUACUUUUGAUUUCAGCACAUGCCCUAAUGGAGUUGUGUGUGUGGGUGGGGAUGGAAUUGUAAACGAGGUUCGACCUUGUUGUUUGUAUUAUAGUUGGUUAGUAAUAAUUAUCUUAUUUGCUACCUCAUCAUUUAUAGCUCUACAGGUGCUUAAUGGUCUUCUGCUUAGAAGUGAUAGAACAGAAGCUGUAUCGAUUCCAGUUGGAAUAAUUCCUGCAGGCUCUGACAACUCACUCGUCUGGACUGUUUUAGGGGUUAGAGAUCCUAUUUCCGCAUCAUUAUUAAUUGUUAAGGGUGGGUGUACACCUCUCGAUAUCUUGGCUGUCGAGUGGAUUCAAUCUGGGCAAAUACACUUUGGCUCAACUGUUUCAUACUAUGGUUUUGUUAGUGAUGUCCUGGAACUUUCUGAGAAAUAUCAAAAGAAACUUGGUCCUCUUCGAUAUUUCGUGGCUGGAGUCCUGAAAUUUUUGUGUUUGCCUAGCUACUUCUAUGAGUUAGAAUAUCUUCCUUCGUCGAAGGACAUGGCCGCAAAUGGAAAAGGCACAGAUAAAGACAAAACAAACUUGUCCAAUGUCUAUGGUGAUGUAAUGCACAGCAGAUCAAAGCGAGAAGGAAUUCCACGGGCCUCUAGUUUGUCCAGUAUUGAUUCUAUUAUGACUCCAAGUCGGAUGUCACUUGGGGAUGUUGAUACAUCAGGUAGUACAGUGGCAAGCACUGAACCGUCAGACUACGUACGUGGUCUUGAUCCAAAAGCAAAACGCUUGUCUCUGGGCAGAAGUAAUAUUGUUUCAGAACCUGAAGAAGUGCUACGUCCCCAACCACACCAUGGAUCAUUCUGGCCAAGAACCAGGUCCAAAGCAAGGACCGAGAGAAAUUCAGUUGGUGUGACAUCUACUAAUGACACACGGUUGUCUUGGGCAGCCUCAUCAAUGCACGACAAGGAAGACAUUUCCUCAACAAUAUCAGAUCCAGGACCUAUUUGGGACUCUGAACCAAAGUGGGACACAGGUCCAAAAUGGGACAGUGAGCUAACUUGGGAGCCUGACCACCCCAUUGAACUUCCUGGACCACCAGAGGACAGGGAAUUCGGACCACCAAUGGAACUUGUGCCAAAUUUGGAUGAGAAAUGGGUAAUUAGGAAAGGGCAUUUUCUUGGUGUCCUUGUAUGCAAUCACUCGUGCAAGACAGUGCAAAGUUUGAGUUCACAGGUUGUUGCACCGAAAGCAACCCAUGAUGACAACAGUUUGGACUUACUUUUAGUUGCCGGAAAGGGAAGAUGGAAGUUGCUGAGAUUUUUCAUACUUCUGCAAUUCGGUCGCCAUCUUUCUUUGCCCUAUGUGGAAUAUGUAAAGGUGAAGUCGGUUAAGCUUAAACCUGGUCCAAACACACACAAUGGCUGUGGUAUAGAUGGUGAGCUUUGUCGUGUCAAGGGACAGGUACUCUGCUCCCUGCUUCCAGAGCAAUGCAGGCUUAUUGGCCGUCAAUGUAGACAAUCUAUUUAAGUGCUGUGUUGUUGAAUUUCAUCGGUUUGGGGGUCUCUUUCCACUUCUAACAACUAUUGUUUAUAUAUCGAUACUUGCUGAUGGGUUGAGCGUGGGUUGGUCGUGCAGAUCUUGAGAGUUUGAACUGGGCAGACAAUGUUGUGAGGUUUCUGUAUAUUCGAGUGGUUAUAGGAUGAUAUGUUGAUUCUUUUUAUCUAUAUAACUUUUUCUUAUAUAUAUAUAUAUUAUAGAGUAA